AACCAGGCUACCACCACUUACUCUGGGAGACACUGCUGUCCUCUGCCUAGAGCACCCAAACCUCAGUGACCACCAUGUCCCAGACCAAAGCACUGAAGGUUCGUGUGACCCUCUUCUGCAUUCUGGUGGGCAUUGUGCUGGCCACAGCAGCUGUGGUGACCGACCACUGGGCCGUGCUGAGCCCCCACCUAGAGCACCACAAUGCUACCUGUGAGGCGGCCCACUUCGGCCUCUGGAGGAUUUGCACCACACGUGUCGCCGUGAACAGCAUGGAGGACAAGAGCUGUGGACGCAUCACGCUGUCAGGGGAGAAGAAUUGCUCCUACUUUCGGCAUUUCAACCCAGGCGAGAGCUCCGAGAUCUUCGAAUUCACCACUCAGAAGGAGUACAGCAUCUCCGCGGCGGCCAUCUCCAUCUUCAGCCUCGGUUUCAUCAUCGUGGGCACCAUCUGUGCACUUCUGUCCUUCGGGAAGAAGCGGGAUUACCUGCUGAGGCCAGCGUCCAUGUUCUAUGCCUUUGCAGGGCUGUGCAUCUUCGUGUCGCUAGAGGUCAUGCGGCAGUCGGUGAGGCGCAUGAUCGACAGUGAGGACACGGUGUGGAUCGAGUAUUACUAUUCCUGGUCCUUUGCCUGUGCCUGCACAGCCUUCAUCCUGCUCUUCCUCGGUGGGCUGGCCCUCCUGCUCUUCUCCCUGCCUCCAAUGCCCCAGAACCCCUGGGAGUCCUGCAUGGAUGCUCAGCCUGAGCACUAGUCCUCUGGAACCCCAGCCCUGGCCCAGAACCUUCCAGAGAGGGGCUGGGAGUUUUAACAUCUGCCUCACUCCCUUCUACCCCGCCCAUCACAGCCAUACCGCUUCCCCUCCUUGAGCUCCUGUUGGCGCUGUGACCACAUGGACGCCUGCCCAGACCUGCCCAGGCCUAGCAGGUGCACAGGUGUUUGGAGGGGCCCAAUUUUCCAUCCACCAAGCUCUAGGCCAUCAUCACCUCUGUGCCAGGUGUCUAUGACAAGCUGGCUCCAGUCGUCUUUAAAAACCUUCCAGAGACACCCGGUACUCACUUGCCAGUUCUGGGCACCACCUGUGUAAAGAGCUGGUCCCUCUCUCUCAUUCUUGGUGACAGGACACAGACACCCUUUUCAGUGAACUGAAACCCUUCCUGGGCUGCCAGAAACCCUGAGAAGUAUUUUUAACUGGACAGAAUUUGUGUUUUGAAAUAAAAUCUCUCAGAAAACUUCCUUUCUCCUGUGCCUUUGCAUAGCAAUUGCUUGGAUUCCUGGCCGCAGAACCAGGGCCCAGACCUUGGAGGAGAAAGGACGGCAUGUUCCUGAAGGCAGGCAUUGAGGACAUUAGAGGGGAAGGGUAUGCCUGAAAGACUCUGAUUUCCAACUUGUCUCUCUGGACCCUGAGAUCGUGUGGGAUGAAACUGGAAACCCUGUGACGAGGCAAGGGUGUUAAAAAUAGGAGGGGUUAUUUCUAGAGUUCGGCAUGCUAAGCAUCCAGUACCAAGAAGGCACUGAAGCAGCACAGCUGGGUCUCUGGCCUCUGAUGCUGGAUUAUUUUUUGCAGAGAACAUACCAGGAAACAAGGCUUAGCAGUCAGACGCUUAGGGCCGCACAGAGUGCUGUCAUUUGCACUCUUCUGCCUUUCAGAGCCCCACUGUACUUACCGAGUUUUCAAAAAGGAAGUCAGACUUGUGCUCCUAGCUGUGAACAUCAGAACUCCAUUUGGAGCUAAUUCUUCCAGAGCUGGAGUUUGCACACUUGGCCCAUGGGACAAACCUGGCCCACUGCCUCUUGUGAGGCCUGCAAGCUAACAGGUUUUUACAACUUUAAAUGCUAAAAAAGAACAUAGCAGGGAGAUCAAGAAUAUCUU